AUGGACGAGAUGACAGGUGACUCUGAUCAUGAUAUGCUAUUCGAGUCCGAUCUAUCUCCUCCUGACGACCAAGAUCCUUCUCUUUCGGACGGCCCUCAACUCCGCCGUCCGAGCGAGAUUGACAGCGUCAUGGUUCGCAUUGAGGCAGUCUUCGAGACCAUAGCAGAUGCUCUUCUCAACGAACGAGCUGAUGUUAUGAUCUCUCUCACUGCUAAUCUCUCAAACGCAUUAGAAGCCACAUCUGUUCAAGGGCCAAAAGCCAUCUUCACCUUCCCAGGCAAGACUGCUACCGAGGCUUGGCGAUUCUCCGUGGUAGUCCGAAUCCUCGAGUUGAUUCAUGAGUCAAUCUCUGAUGGUGUUACGUUGACCAAGCGGCAUGUAAGUGAUCUGUAUUAUCGCGACCCAGCUCUUUUCGGCCGGCAAUCGACUGUGGACCGCUACGUCGACCAGAUUGCUGCCGCUUUCGCAGUAUCAAGAGCUUCUCUCAAUGUGAUUGCCGGUGUGAAAGGCCUCAUGGCCGGUGCUGCCAUAAUACAACGAAGAGAUGGCUCCAAAAUUGAGCUUGUCAACGUACAGAGUGGCAUCCUUGUGCCAAGCAUGGAAGAUGUCCUUUCCGUAGAUCUGAGCCGUGUCCGGUGGGUGCUCGUCAUUGAGAAAGAAGCGACGUUCCAGUCGGUCAUCUCUUCCGAAGUUUGGGAAGAAAUGAUGUGGCAUGCUGUUCUCGUCACCGGCAAGGGGUAUCCGGAUAUAGCGACCAGAGCAAUGACUUACUUCAUGAGCGCCGCUACACCUCGAAACGGCUUCGCGGAACCUCCAGUAUUUGGUCUCGUGGACUACGAUCCCGACGGCAUGGCAAUCCUACACACGUACAAGCACGGCUCGAAAAACAUGUCGGAAGAGAAUGCGACAAUUGUCGUACCAACGAUCCGAUGGAUGGGUCUGCGUAGUCGGGAUAUCUCGGACGAAGACCACACCCAUCGGAAUCAAGGAUUAAUGCCAUUGACCAGAAGAGAUCGCCACAAAGCAAGAAAGAUGCUUGACUGGCAGCCAUCGUCAGACCACGAUGAAGCAGCACAAUGGCGUCGCGAGUUGCAGGUCAUGUUGAUGCUCAAUGUGAAAGCAGAGCUUCAAAUAAUCGAUUCUGAUCCAUUUGGUCUGGAAAAUAUGAUCAGGAAUGCCGUCUCCGUUACAUGA